UAGAUGAAAUCGGUCUCUCCAAAAACGGCAGAGACCGAAGGGUAAAACGGUUGUUUUUGCUGUUUUUUUUAGGAUUUGAGAGCGCGUUGAGAGCCGAAGCGCGUAUUUUAGGACGUCUGUUUGUCAAAUGAAACGACAGAGAAAUGCCACUGGAAAUGCUACAUCCAAACCCUAUGCCUCCGUAGGUUUGUCACCGACCCAAAUUUCUACGUUUCUGUCGACCUGUUGAGAGACGUGACCUGUGUCAGAGCCCAGCAAUGUGGAUCUGCAUGGUUUACAAUGAGACGGACACCAGCGUGGACUUUAGGCUCUGCCAGGACUAUGGCCUCAUCCUGUCAGUCUUCUCCCUCAUCUACCUCCUGGUGUGCUUCCCUUUGGGGCUGUGCUACAAUGUACUGCUGGUCGUGGUCAACCUCUCCAACAAGGUGUCCAUGACCAUGCCGGAUGUUUAUUUUGUCAACAUGGCCAUUGCGGGCCUCGUGCUCAACCUGGUGGCGCCCGUGGAGCUGCUGAGCUCCACCUUCACCCGCUGGCAUGCAUGGGAGUACAACAACGAGGUCUACAUCACCCUCCUCAUCCUCUUCAACAUCUCCUCUCUGGUCAUCAUGUAUUCCACCACGCUGCUUAGCUUGGACUACUACAUAGAGCGAGCGCUGCCUCGUACAUACAUGUCCAGUGUGUAUAACACCAAACAUGUGUGUGGGUUCAUCUGGGGCGGGGCGGUGCUCACCAGCUUCUCUUCGCUGCUCUUCUAUGUGUGCAACCACAUCUCCACUAAGAUGGUCGAGUGCUCGAAAAUGCAGAACAAGGAGGCAGCAGACGCCAUCAUGAUGUUCAUCGGCUACGUGGUUCCAGCUGUGGCAGUUCUUUAUGCAUUUGUGCUCAUUUUGCGCAUUAGGAAGGAGUCUACACCUCUGGAUCAGGACUCUGCUCGCUUGGACCCCUCUAUCCACAGACUGCUGCUAGCAUCAGUCUGUGUGCAGUUUGUACUGUGGACCCCAUACUACAUGACCCUGUUGAUUCACACUGUAGCUGGUGCACCAGGGUACAUUAGCAAUGUACAUUAUUUACCUACCUACUAUUUCCUAAGAUGUGUGUCUAAACUGCUGGCUUUCUCUAGCAGCUUUGCAAUGCCUCUCAUGUAUAGGCAGAUGAACAAAAACUUCUCCAACAAACUUCAGCGGCUGCUCAGGAGGCUGCACUGCGGAGACCAGUCCUGCCCUCAUGAACGCUCAACAGUGCAGCAAGUGGUGACGUGAGAUUACAGACAUCCCUCCCACCCCCCCUCUUCUAUCACUUGGCCUAUCCGCCACUUACCCCCCCCCCCACAGAGCCAGUAUCUGACUGGGCUCCCUCGCUGCUCUGGACUAUGUUAAGAGCGAUGUAGCUAACUGUGGAAUUUCCUGUCACCUUCCAGAACUUGAUCUGAUCUAUCCAGUUCUGCAGUGUUAGGACAAACCAAGCAAAAACCACUAAGUGCUGUUUUUUUUUUUUUUUUUGUCACCAUGUGAAGUUCUCCACUAAGACACUUGGGCUUCUAUUUUGAGGGCGGUAAAUUGGCACAAUCAACUCACAACUACCCGGUGCAGUUUUACACAAACAAUAACAAAAAAAUCCUGUUAGAAAGGGACUCCCAGGCGCUACACCGCUGCAGUGGGUGUAGCUUCCCUGAUACGGAGGUAUUCUGCUGACAGUGUGCAAGUUUGACAAAUGCAUGACUGAAAGUGUCACAACAUGCUACUAGAUACAAUUUAAGUGAGUAAAUAAGAAUAAUUUACAUGAUGAAAAACACACAAUCUAACCAGUAAGCUUUAAACUUUAACUAUCAAGUGACAGAUGUCAGCACCAACUCAAUGUUUUAAACUGCGGGUGAGCAUCAGUUUACUGCCCUCAAAAAAGAGGAUUAAUCACUUGAAUGAGAAGACAUUUCUACCUUUUCAGAGCUGAAUUAUCUGCUUACUUUAAUGUAUUGACAGUGAUUCCUCAUUAUCACACUUAAUAAUCUUCACAUUUUAAAGAUGCAGUACACCAGUAACGGUCUCUUACAGACAUUGCAGCUUCAUUUUAAAAGAUAUUCCCUCUCUCGAUAACCCUGUAGCUAGAUGUAGGUGCUGGUGUGAAGAGAUGUUCUCAUUUCACUUUUAUAGAUUAAGUUCUGGGUUUUUGAUCCACUCGCAGGCAUAAAGAGAUUAUUCUUGUAUAUGCUACAAGCUCCACAACAAACAUCAUAGAAUACAUUAUAUAAAAUAUACAUGCACACCACUUUGAAGUCACACAGAACUACAUGAAAUCCUUAUAUAAUGCUUGUAUUCAGGGUUCUGACAUAACCGGCAUACCUCUUGUGAUCUCUGCUGAAAUCACAUCACCUGUUAAGCAUAAGCAGUUCAAAUCAACUCAUUAAUUUGAGCAAAGAGGCUCAGCCCAGUAUGUGAUUUCUUAAGCUGUGUUUUGCCUCUGCAGGAAUUAUGGAGAGCCUCACAUAGGGUCAGUGAAGUCCUCACAGGGUCAUAGAGAGGACCAUGAGGAGGUGGCACGUACAUUCCCUAAAUUGUAUGAAUGGUUGGGAAGUUUUGUCCAGUAGAAAUAUGAAGCCUGACUCGAUCACUCUGUCAAGAGAGGCACUAUCAAAAACCUCCACAAAGCAUAAAAGCAUCUCCUGCAAACACCUGCAAACAGCCUGUUUGACAUAGAGUUUGAACUAUAAUGCUGCUCAGAUGCAUUAGGUGAUCUGCACAUUGUUGGCAAAGCUGCUUUGCUUUCUUGCCUGCCACUUAGUGAAAAAAAGAACAGACUAAUAGUGAUGCACAGUGGUUAUAAAAUAAAAAAAAAUGUUUUUGUUCUUGCAUGAGGUUUGUUGCUUCACUGCAUUAGUUUAGUUUUUUACUUGCUUUCUGAAUGAGAGGGCCAGUUUAUAAAUCAUCCUGUGAACCGAUACACCAUCAGGGUGGGGCAUUCACUUGAAGAGAAAUAGAAGGUGGGCACGCUGUUAUAUUCCACCGUCAAACAACAAUAAAUGAUAGUCACUUACCUUUGUACACAUUUUUUAUUUACACCUUCACAUAAACAAUUUAAUGUUAAUGCUGACCUAAAAUUCUUGGGCUAUUUUCACACUUGGCAUUCUCUGUAAAAUUUGAAGGCUUGCCAGAUAUACUAAUACAGCUUUGAUGCAUUUUAUACACAAAAAAUGAUUCAGAUUAUAACUUUAAAUAACACUUACACAUUCACUCUCUUGACUAGGGAUAUUUUUUUGUCUACGAUUGAGGAAUAGACAGCUUCCAAUAUUUAAAUUUUCGACGCAUCGCCCCACCCUCAUUAUGUGUAUCUCCUACAUUCAGUCAGAUCAGUGAGAAGUACUGUUUAUUUUCAACUGAGGCUGUGUGUUUACAUCAUGUGUUACAGUAUGUGCUGCCCCAUGAAAAAAAAAAAAACUUGUACGUAUCUUGACACAGUUAAUCAUUGUUUGAACUCAGCUCAAAGUCCCGAUGCUUACUGUUCAUUUAGGAUUGGAGGGCAAACAGUAGGAGAUGGUCAAGUGAUAUGUGGUUUGAAUCAAAGCUUGUGACAGUCUGAUGUAGGAACUUUAAACUGCAUCUUAAGCUGGUGUCCAUUUUCAGCCCCAAAGUGGUGCACAAUAUACUGUCAGAGAUUGUGGUUGUGUCCACAUUCAUUUUCAGCAAAACUCCAAUUACUUUUUAAUCAGUAAGUCCUACAAUGACACUUGAAUUAUAAUUAAUAGCACUAAAUGAGUGAGUGAGAGUUAAGUGACAGGUGAACAUGUUUGCAAUGGCAUUUUAGUUCAUCUGGGUAGAGUUUAUGUAAACUUUACACAUGUGUAAUGAAGAGAUAUGCAAAAAGAAGGCACUCAACAAAACUUUAUCAUCAAAAUAAGAAGGUUUCCUGAUAACGUUCAGUAUGGAUCUGAAUCUGCAUCAAAUUACUCUUCACCAAAUUCCACUAAAAAAACCCCUCAGUUGUUUUUGAAAUAUCUUACUGAGUAAGAGACGGGACAUAAAACAUACUCUGGCAGAGGUAAUAAUUAGCAAUCACCACAAAUGGACUGACUGCACGAAGCACACAACUGUAAAGCUUGAUCAAAUUAGGCUCAAAACAACUCAGCUCGGAUGACUGUUCAGGUCUGAGUUUGUUUUGUUAUUUCAGAGAGGCCAUAAUGUCACACCAGUGCGAAGAAAUUUGAGUAUUAAUCACUGAGUUCAGUUAAAUUACUGAAACAGACCAAGUGUAAGAACACCCUCAAAGUUCUUGUGUGUCGAAUGUAUGCAGAUGCAUUUUAGCUAUUUGAACGGCAAAACCUCAGAAGUCCAGAUGAAUCCACUUUCAGAUGUGAUGCUUUUGUGACUGUGUAUGCAAGUGUAUAUGUAUAAUACAAAAUAAUGUGUAUAUAUUGUAUGUGAGAGAUUUACAGGAAGAUACCAUGCUCUUUCAAAAAUACAGUGUUAUUUUCCAAGAGAUAUAUUUAGAUUCUGUAAGUAAUCUACUCUAUUGUCAACUGAGUCAAAGACUGAUUAAACAAUAAACUA